AUGAAAUAAAAUAUCUAAAGAUUUAUUCCUAGUUAAAUUGGUAAGGCAAGAAUGCCUUAAUAACAGUUGUAAAAAUAAGAGGAGUUUUCGAAAAAGUUUAAUCGUGGUUAAUCUGCCGAAAAUAAAAUUAGCAACAAAGCACAGUAAUUCUUAUUUAUUAAAUCUAGAAUAGAAAUGAUAUCAAAUCUAACACUCCAGAAAUAAAUAAGAUAUAAAAUAAUAACUAUAGUCCAAUAGUAAAAUAGGCAGAUAUUCAAAAACCUUAAAAAUAAAAAAAUAUGAUUCAAUAGAUAUCUAAAGUUCCAAUUACUAGUCGAUUACAGAAAAAUUAAUCCAUAGUGAAUGAAUUAGAUUAAUAAAAAAAUAGAUCACAUUCAUAAUUUAAAUUUACAAGAGAAAUAACUCCUACUAAGAAGUAGCCAAUAAUUCAAUAAUAAUAACUUUAGAGAGCGAGUUUAAAAAAUUAAACUAUAAUUAAUUAAUAAAAGUUGCCUUAAGAAAAAUUAAAAAAUAGCGUAAAACAUGUUGAAGCGAAUAAAAUAGAAUAAAGAGGAAAAAUCUAACAAAAUGAAAAAUUAAAAGAAGAAUAAAAAAUCAUUCAAAAAUAACCAUAAAAAAAGCUAAAUCAAAAAAAAGAAUAAAAUCCUAAACUAUAAAAUGAGAAACAACCAUAACAUGAGAAACCACCAUAAAUAUAAUCACCAAGAUAAAUUUCAUCAAGAUAAUCAUUUUCUCCUUAAAAUCAAAUUGGAAAGACACCCAACAUGACACGAGGUCACUCCCCUUCUAAUUUUUAGAAUGAUACUUUAAAUGGAAAGCUUUAAGCACUUUUAGUAAUCUUUAUAUUAUAUUAGACUGUGGUUAGGCCUAUUUUUAAAGAGGCAAAAUACUAUCUGACUUCUGUGAUACAUUUUUUGAGAGAAUAAUAUUAUCCUAAUACCUCUCCUUAUUAAGUUCAAUUUAAGAUAGAAUUUCAAGACUAAAAAGAUUAUUUUAAAAAUAAAUUCUGUGAUCACUUUAAUGUUACUUAUAAUUCUUUAAAACAUUGUUCUUAAUUGAAUUUAAAGAAACAAUUUAAUACUAAGUUUUUAAAUCCUCCAAAAAAGCCUAAUUUUUCAUCUGAUAACAUUAAAACUCUAAUUUUUGAUCUUGAUGAAACAUUAAUUCAUACAGUUGAGAUUAAUAAUCCAACAGAUUAUAAAGUAAUAAUCCAUAUUCCAAAUGAAUAAGAAUCAGAAGUAUAUUAAUCUAAAUUUAAUUAGGUUCGAUUUAAUAUAAGGCCACAUUGUUAAUAAAUGUUGAAAGUUUUAUCAGAAUUUUAUGAAUUGAUAUUAUUUACAGCUUCAUACAGAGAGUAUGCUGAUAAAAUAUUAGAAUAUAUUGAUCCAAAAUCAAAUCUUUUUUCAUAUAGAUUUUAUAGAGAAAGCUGUUUAGAGAUAGAAGAAGAGUUUUUAAUUAAAGAUCUCAGAGUUAUUGAAGGUCGAAAAUUAGAAGUAAAUUAUAUUAAGAUAAUUAGAAUAUGGCCAUAAUUGAUAAUAAUGCAUAUUCAUACUAUUUUUAAUUAGAUAAUGGAAUUCCAAUUAUUCCUUUUGAAGAAAAUAAACAAGAUAAAGAAUUAAUCUUUAUGACAGACUAUCUUAUUAAAUGUGAAAAGUAAAAAAAUUGGCUCCAAUAUCAUUAAUUGCACUUUCAAAACUAAUUAUACCUCAAAUGUUCUACAAUCGAAGAGUGUAUAGAAAAAUUAUUAUAAACAUAAAAUUAAUGA